GUUAGUGCGUGCAUAGAACAGCGUGUGGUGUUGAAGUUUCUUGUGAACAAAGGCGUAAAACCCGUAGAUAUCUACAGAAGACAUCAUGCACAGUACGGUGAUGAGACACUCAGCCUCAGUAAGACAUUUGAAAGGUGUAAAUGUUUCAAAAAUGGCCGUACAGUGACGAUCCCAGCCGUGGUGGUUCCCAGCCCACAGCAGUCAUUCCUGUGAACAUUCAGUGCAUGGAACACCUGAUCCUGGAUAAUCGAUGUAUAACCUGCAGUGAAAUUGCACAAGAGACAAAUCUUUUUGUGAACACAAGGAUGACGAAGUGAAGCCGGCUGUCC